AUGGAGGACGCUGCCAGGAGAGCGCGAGCUGCCUCUCGCGCGCUGGUCGGGGCCUCCUGCGAGACAAAGAACGCCGCCCUGGCGGCCUUCCGGCGGCACCUGGCGGCCAGACGCGCGGAGAUCGAGGAGGCCAACCGCCAGGACAAGGAGGAGGCCGAGGCUGCGGUGAAGGAGGGGAAGCUCUCCUCGUCACUCUUGAAGCGCCUGGACAUCUCCGGCGCCAAGUUCGACACCCUCCUGACGGGCAUCGACGAGGUCGUCCAGCUGCCCGACCCCGUGGGGCAGGUCACGUACGCCAACCGCGUGUCGGAAGGCCUGGACCUCUACCGGGUCACCUGCCCGAUCGGGGUCGGGCUCAUCAUCUUCGAGUCGCGCCCGGACGCGGCGGUGCAGAUAGCGUCGCUCGCCAUGAAGUCGGGGAACGCCCUGCUGCUGAAGGGGGGGCGCGAGGCGCAGCGGUCGAACGCCGCGCUGGCGGAGAUCGACGACGACCCCGACCUGGACACUCAGGACGUGUACCCGACCGACGACUUCGGCGAGCCCGAGAAGAUCGACAUUCUGCAGCCCGUCCGCGUGCCACAAGCAUCUCCUGCUCGGCUGGUCUGCCAUCAAGGCGGAGGCCUCCAGGACAGCGAGGUCUAG